CGUCUCGUCUUACCGCGGGGCGUCAGCAACAGCAAACCAAGCAAAAGCAACACGACCGUAUCCCCAGUCAAAACUAAAAGCAGCUGAGAAAGCGAAUGACAACCUUACCCAAAGCAACCCUAUGGGAAUUCCUCCUCCUGCUUGCACGCCCACACACUCUUUCUCUUCCUGCGCUAGUGCGGGAGAGAGAGGUGUCAAUCAUUUCGGAACCACGCGAAGAUAUAUCCGCAAGUUCCUUGGGAUUCGCCAUGCCAAGGUUCGUUUUUAUGCCACACACACACCCUACCAUGAAUCUACCUAUGAUGGACUGGAAAGCCCAGACCCCUAUUGCCUCUCUAUCUGAUUCUACUUCUGCCUACACGGUACGGUCUUACCUACACCGUGUAUGUCUGUGCAUGUGACCUCUGGGGUUUUUGGGUCGAUGUCCGCUAUGUUGGCCACUGUACUGGGUAGAUUGCGUGUGUAAUCGGACUACUUUGCUUCGUU